UUCCCAGUGUCCUCAGCGCCGGGGUGGGGAGAGGAACCGGAAACCGGAUGGGGCGCUGGAGCAGGUGGCAGCAGCAUGGCUGUGCCUUAGGUUUUCCUGCUAGGGCCCCGCCAUGAGCCUGCAGAUUCCCUGAUGGAGCCCCAGCUGUGCCUUCGAAGCUUGGCUGAGGGCUUCCUGGAAGAGGAGCUUCGGCUCAAUGCUGAGCUGAGCCAACUGCAGUUUUCAGAGCCUGUGGGCAUCGUCUAUAAUCCCGUGGAGUAUGCGUGGGAGCCACAUCGCAGCUACGUGACUCGCUACUGCCAGGGCCCCAAGGAAGUGCUCUUUUUGGGCAUGAACCCGGGACCUUUUGGCAUGGCCCAAACUGGGGUGCCCUUUGGAGAAGUGAGCAUGGUCCGGGACUGGUUGGGCAUUGGGGGGCCUGUGCUGACCCCUCCUCAAGAGCACCCUAAGCGACCGGUGCUGGGACUAGACUGCCCACAUUCCGAGGUGAGCGGUGCCCGAUUCUGGGGGUUUUUCCGGAACCUCUGUGGACAGCCUGAAGUCUUUUUUCGUCACUGUUUUGUCCACAAUCUGUGUCCUCUGCUCUUUCUGGCUGCCAGCGGGCGCAACCUCACCCCGGCUGAUCUGCCAGCCAAGCAGCGGGAACAGCUUCUUGGAAUCUGUGAUGGGGCCCUCUGCCGGCAGGUGCAGCUGCUGGGGGUGCGGCUGGUGGUGGGCGUGGGACGACUAGCAGAGCAGCGAGCACGACGGGCACUGGCAGGCCUGAUGCCAGAGGUCCAGGUGGAGGGGCUCCUGCAUCCCUCUCCCCGUAACCCUCAGGCCAACAAGGGCUGGGAGGCAGUGGCCAAGGAGAGACUGAAUGAGUUGGGACUGUUGCCACUGCUAAUGAAAUGAGUGCCCCUGGGGCCUGGCAUAGGGCACGUGCAAGGUGCCCGAGUCAUUCUGGAGCAGGUGACCAACUGCACACCUCCCGACUGUGGCGGCAAGUCCUGCCGGGCUCCCUGGCUGCAGGGAUCAUGUCAUUUGGCCUGUCAGACUCUCUCCCGAUCUGCCCGGGUAGCAUUGACACUACCGCUCGUCCUCCUGAGUCCUGCUUUCUGAUCUUCCUUGUGCAUCGUCCCCUGUAUCUUGUGGCGUCUGACUCCGCAGAGAAUCAGCGGGUGGGCUGGUGGCACCUGUGGACUGCUCUACCUCAUCGUUUCCUUGGGAGCCUCUCUGCCGCUGAGAGCGACCCAGAC